AUGGCCAGCAGCACAAGCAGCUACCCUCUCGUGCUGCUCCUGCUGCUGGCGGCCACGGCCGCAGCCGCAGCCGCAGCAGCAGCCGCCACCGAGGCGUCCAUCGGCGGCGGCAACACGACCGCGACGUCGUCGUCGUCGCCGACGGCGUACGAGAUGCUGGAGCGGUACGACUUCCCGCGGGGGAUCCUACCGGCGGGGGUGUCCGGGUACGAGCUCCGCGGGGACGGCAGCUUCGAGGUGUACUUCCCGCGGCCCUGCGAGUUCCUGCUGGCGGGGACGUGGCUGGUCCGGUACGAGGCGCGCGUGCGGGGCUCCGUCGCGGCCGGGUCGCUCACGGCGCUUGAGGGGAUCAGCGUGAAGGUGCUCUUCCUGUGGCUCGGCGUCGGCGAGGUGGACCGCGCCGGGGACACGCUCAGCUUCUACAUCGGCCCCGUCGCCACCUCGUUCCCGCUCGAUGACUUUGCCGAGAGCCCGCGCUGCCGCGGCUAUGACUAUGAUGGCGCCGGCGCCGACGACGCCUUCUUCCUCCCGGCGGCGGCGGCAUCGUCGUGA